UUGAGAGACAACAAUAUCUGAAUAAUCGUCAAAUUCCUUCUUCCAUUUUCCCUUAUUCAAGUCAUCUUCAAAAAUAAUUGCUAUUAAAAUAGAAAAAUUAUUGAAUAAUUUCAGUGAUGGGAGAGAAAAAAUGGAGAUACCAGCGUGGUUAAACCGAGGUAUGCCUCCAGCGAAGAAGAUUCACUCGUCCCUGAAUUAUGAUAAUACCAGCAACAAAGUUAGGAGUAUGGCUCAGUCAGAAGUGUCCAGGACGACGCACCUCAGGCCGAUGUGUUCCACAAAUCGUCCGAGAAAUAAAUUAAAAUAUCAGGAUUUAAUAACUCACAGAGCAACGAGUUCAAGUGACAAUGAGAAAAGACUAAUGAAUGAGUGUAAUGAGGUAAUCGAUUCCUCGAGUUCGAAUUAUUGUUUAAAUAUUAAUGGUGACAACAGAACGAUUAGCAGUGUCAUCCGUGAGUGCAGAAUUAAAUUAAUACGUAUGUUAAAGUGUCAUCGAAAUGCUUCCCUCAAUCAUCUCUGGAAGUCAAUUUUGUUCAUCUUAUUCAGCUCGAUAUGUAUAUCGGCGACAGAUCAGUGUGCCUUGGGCAUCAAAACACCAGGACGAACCUGGCCAGCAGGUGACAUUGUCCUCGAGGAGGGACAGCCCCUUCGAAUUCUCUGUAUGCUGAAUAAGACGUACAUCGAUGCUGAAUUUCCCGGCAAAAAUGCCUCGGAUCUUGUUUUCUUCCGCAGCGACAGGGAAAUGGAGCCACAAUUUAUUCGACUGAUAAACGAGACAACAAUCGAAAUGUUUGUGGAUGAACCACCACCAUCCAAAGACAUGUACUACUGCAAAUUAAGGCUCAACGCAAAUUACAGCAAGAAGUACGAGGCUGUAUGCCUCAAUAACGUCGUAGUUGGAACGAAGCCAAAGGAGCCGGAAAAUUUCACGUGUGUAUCGAAUAACUGGGAGAACAUGACGUGCACGUGGGAUCCAGUGCCCAAUUACGUCGAGACUCGUUUUACUCUUGCGUUUAAAUUACCGGGACGAGCUGGAGGACGUAAAUUGUAUCCCUGCCCCAAGGAAAAGGAGGAUCAGAAGUCAACGGUGAAAAAUCGAUGCUUCUGGGAUACAUCGACAAAUCCAAUCUAUCGACAGCCUUACGAGUACUACAUGUUCAAUCUCAGCGCUGAAAAUGUACUCGGGAAUGCAUCUGUAUCCUACAAGUUUCAUCAUUAUGCUCACGUGAUUCCAGCAAAACCUGCGAACCUCACGGUGGUUAGUAAAACAUCCGAGAGUGUUCUCCUCCACUGGACCGUACCAUUUCCAAUGCAGAAUUUUCCACCGGGUCUCCACCACCGAGUGACCUAUCAGCACCAAUGGGAAUCGAGAAAGACUUGGCAGAUAAUCAACAUCACAAACGAUAUUCACAUGCACAAGAGGUACUUCAAUCUGACUGGCCUUCAAUAUGCCAAUACCCUGUACGACGUCAGGGUUUUCAUGAAGAGUGCAGUAGCCAUUGGUGAAGACAAGUGGAGUCAAUUUAGCGAUGUGACAUUUAGAACACCACCGAAAUUACCUGGUUUACCCCCACGCACAGACAUCGGCAGUUUCGAGAUAACCGAGAACAGUGCAAACAGAGACGUUUACUUAUACUGGCAGUCGAUUCCCCCAUAUCUAGAGAAUGGUGAUAACUUUAAAUAUCAGGUGGCCCACGUGGAGGAAAGCGGUAGAACAUCCUUAAUCGAGCCCAACGAGACAACCCGAACUUACGCCAAGUUUAAGGGCAUAAGUUUCAACAGUUACAGAUUUGAAUUAGUCACGACAAAUAUCGUUGGUUCAAAUCAAGAGAAAGCUGUGAUUUUUAUACCAAGUCGCUUUGAAAUUCCACGUGAGCCUCUGGCCUUCACUAAAAUCGCUUUCGAGGAUGGAAUGUACGAGCUGUCAUGGAAAGCCCCAAUAAUUAACACUGAGAUAACAAAUUAUACUAUUUUCUGGUGUGACAACGAGCGAGAUCGUCCUUAUCAGUGCACCGGUUUUCUCGAUUGGGUGCACGUAUCGUCAUCAACAACAAUUUACAACAUGACUGUUCCACAGCCCCGGAAGGUGUAUCAAUUCGCAAUAUCAGCUAAUACUAGAUAUGCGUCUAGUGGAAUGGUGUGGGCCUCGUGCACUGUUAUCCACAAUAAAGUGGUAGGAAAGAUGAAAUCAGUAUGGAUAAAUAGAAUAGGUUCAGAUUACCUGGAAGUGGGUUGGAAGCUCGAGUGCUCUGAUAGAAUUGGAAUUGUCGAGGGCUUCAAGAUUUAUUACUGCCCGAUAAUAACCCCUUACAAUCUCAACUGCAAGGGGCCAAAAUUAAAUACAACAAUCAAGGCAGAUCCCCACACCAUUCAUGGCACUGUCACAGGUCUAAAGCCAUACACAACGUACAUGAUAUCGGUUGCAGUAUUGACAAAAAGUGGUGAGGGCCUCCACAGCGAUGCCCUUUACAAUACCACCAUGGAAGCAGCUCCAAAUCCACCUCGCAAUGUAGUUAUCACUGAAAUCACCAACUCGACGAUGUUUGUCUCCUGGGAUUCACCCACAGCAAUGAAUGGAGUUCUACGUUACUACGAGGUACACUACAGUAACAAUGUUGAGCAGGUGGAGGAUGUCACCCAUGUAGAGCUGAAAAAUCUCAUAGCAUUCAAGAAUUACAGCAUCCAAGUGAAGGCCUGUACAGUAUCAUGCAGCUAUGGAUCAUCAGUUAUCUAUUCGCAGACUGGAAUUGGCUUUCCAGGAAAAAUAAAUCGAGUACCACUGGUGCGUUUUAUAAAUUCGAGUCAAGUAUCUGUAACCUGGAGUAAACCUGUAAAUCCUGGUGGUAGACUCGAUUACUACCAGAUAUCCUCCAAACACGGAAUCAUUCAAAACAGCUCGAGAAGUGAAUCCAGCAUUCCAAUUCCUGAUUGCAAGACUGAGGGAAUUGAUACACUUCAUCAGUUUCGAAUUAGAGCUGUUAAUGUAGCCCCUAAUGGUGAGCAUUUGUAUGGACCUUGGUCAGAUCCUGGUGAGGGUAAUUGCUACAGUGGAGGACCUGCCUCGAGUGUUCUUGCUAUAAUCUGGGUGAUAGGCGUCAUUGGAUCGAUAGCAGUUAUGUUCUGCGUUAUUUACACGUCUAAGAGGGUUUGGCUGAAGUACAAAGUCAUGCAGGAUGUUGAGGUGCAGUUGCCACCAGGUUUAGCUGGUGAGAAAUUACUCCAGAAAGUUGGGGAGCAGCAUAUCAGACAGUCAUCAGCUGAUUCCAGUGGAUGCUCCAGUGGACAGGAGUCAGUGACAUCUUCUCUGACAUCGGAUUCUCACGUGUCAACUGAUAGUGGAACUGAGAUUGAUCCUGUUGUCUCAUCGAAUAAAUUACUGGAGUCGUCGAGCACGUGGGAGUCAUCGAGUCUUCGUCAGAGGAAUGUGGGCACAAUGAGACCCAGUGGAAUGCCAGACUCUACUCGAUGGGACUCUUACGUAAAAGUUUCGAAACCUGGGGAGCCAGUGGAGGAUAAUCUGUCACUGGCUCGAUCAACACCCAAUUUAACAGACUCAUCUGGCUUUAUGAUGCCUCAGCACACCUGGUCCUCCACUGGCUACAUCAGCAUGCCCUCGUCUGAGGAAUUAUCCAAUAAUCCCAGUCCUACACCCAAGGAUAAAAACAUUGGGGGCUACAGUGUUGUCGGUUUGCUUCCAAAAUCAAGGGAUAAGAUGGAAAAUUAUUCUCAAUUGUCCAACAAUCUCGCGGAAGUUAAACCCACUGCGCCGUAUGUCAGUUUGGCGUCCCUAGAGGCUAAACCACGUGAGAAAAAAAUCCUUGACACAGUUAAAAAUCUCGAGCACCUGACGAAAUUCAUUGAUCCACCGACUGUUGAUAAAACACCGUACGUCCAGACAGGAUUAAUGGGCAAUGAUAAAUCUGUUACAACGAAAAUCCCGGAAUCCUGUGAUUUUCCCACAUUUUCAACGUCUAGAAAGGCACAACCCGACGUGAUGAAGCCUUACGUUGCUGUUGGAACACUUCCAGAUGGAGACAAGAAGGGAAAAGUCGUGGUGAAGGAUGACACGAGUUUAUCCCAGGGGACAUUCGUUGAUACCAAGAAACCGUACGUCUUGGCUUCAUCAGUCUUCAAUGUUGGACAAGACAAGGAGGAUAAUGUGGAGGAGUCUUUCGACGAUUCAUUGUCUUCGGAGUAUGAUAUGUUUUGGGAGCCAGAGGAUAUUGGAGCUGAGAGGAGGGAAGAACCUGAGAUCAAGAACUCCGGGUAUGUCACUGUGAGAGAUGUACAGAAGUCUGAGUCCCAGGGAUUGGGUAAAGUUGCUGCGGGCUUUGGACAGAAGGUGGAUAAAACCUUGGGCUCGGUGGGUGAUGAACAGUACAGCAAAGUCACAGUUGCUCCUCACAACAUGUGAAUUUUCAUUUUUGAAAUUACCAAGGGGAUGGAUGAAGCGUAUCUGUGACACGACUGUGAAUUCUUGUAGGUAUGUUGUAUGCACCUGAUUAUUUUUCUUCGUAUAAAGGUCGCUCUCGGGUUUUUUUUUUCAUAUCCAUGACGACGAUUUAUAGAAAUGGGCCUUGUCAACGACUGAUUUAUUUCUUAUUACUUCGAUGAUUAACGAGGCUUGAGGGGCAUAUUCUGUUGGUCUGUGAAAUUACGAGGGUUUGUGGAGGGGCUGUGGAGCCCUGAGAAUUGUGAAUUUAUCUUUGAAACGACGAGUUUCAUUAGGAAAUACUGGGAAACCAUGGAUUUUCCUGGAAAAUCAUUCAUUCCAAAGAUAAUCGCAUCUCCUCUACUCAGUUGAAAGUGAAAAAGAAAAAAAAUCCUCGUAAUUCCUCAUUUUGUUUCUUUUUUUUUUGUUUCGUUAUCUUUGAUAAUCCCAAUAAUUUCAUUCAAUCCAUCCAAUGAAUUCGGGAGAAAUUUAUCGUAAUGAACGAUA